AUGCAACGCACGCUCGCGCUGCUGCUGGCCUUCGCGUGCACCGCUCUGCUGCUCCUGCGGGAGCAGCGGCGUUUCGUCCUCGCGACCAGUCCCGGCGGCUCGGCAGCCCUCGAGGCGUACUGCGGAGCUCCGCCUCAGGGUUCGGAGGGCAAGGUCACAGCAGACGGCCUGAAGCUCGUCGGCGUGCUCGUCACGAUUCGGCACGGCGACCGCUCGUCGAUCCACUCGCUUCCCAACACGAACACGACUGCUCGCUGGAUGUGCCGGCCGGUCGGUAGCGAGCAGAAGCAGGCAGCGGCGCAGGUGGCGGUGGUCGGCCUGGACGGCAGCCCUUUCUACCGCCCUCUGCUGCCAAAGACGCUUCCCGGCCGGCACGGCGACUGCGCUCCCGGCCAGCUCACGCCGCGCGGCUUUGCGCAGCACGUGGCGCUCGGCAGGCACGCCGUUGACAGAUGCCCGAUGCGUCCGGACAGCAGGGAGUGGGGAGAGAGGCUGACGGACGGGCUGUGCCCUCGCCCUCAGCGCGCGGACGAGGCGGCGGAGGUGAUGCACGGCGUCGGCCUCGCCUCCUCCUCCAAGGUCGGCAGCGAGGACGGCGGUGGCGAGACGGAGCGGCAGGGCGCAUGCGCCCUGGCAGGCAGCAUGGCGCGGGCUCAGCAGGCGGCGUGGGACGAACUUGGAGGCUUACUCGGGGAGGAGGCGCGGGCGAUGCCGCCGACUCACGUCGCCGACGCGCUUCACUCGCUCUCGUGCCACGGGAUGCCGCGGCCUUGCUCGCAGGCGCGCCGUGCGGCGGCGGAGGGGAGCGGGGCGAGGCUGACGCUGCUGUCGGGGCACGACACAGUGGUAGCGCAGCUCCUGGCCGCCCUCGACGCCACCGGCGAGAGUGAGCGGUGCGGAUGGCCGCCGUACGCGUCGCGGGUGGUGUUUGAGGUGUGGGCGCCGGUGAGGCGCGACGAGGGGCGGUCGCCCGCGCUGGUGGUGCGCGCGCUCUUCAACGGCGUGCCGCAGCCUCUGCCAGGGUGCAGCCCUGGUUUGGAGCUCUGCCCGCUCCGCGCGUUCGCACGGGCGGUCGAGGCGCGCUUCUCGGCGCAGGGAGGCUUCGAGCGAGCGGCUUGCGUUUGGGACUUUAGCUUUUUCCCCACGUUCCAACUUGUAUUCCAAAAGUAG